AUGAGCGCCAUCGCCCUUGCGCCAUCCACACAGUUCUGCUUGGGCUCCGGCAAGAAGCCGGGGUACGCCCGCGUCGUGGCUUCUCGCCGCUUCGCUGCCGUGGGGGCGAAGGAGCCGGAGGUUGCAGCGGUCUUUCUUGACGAGAAGAAGAACACGCUUCGUGUGUGGCGUGAAAGAAAAGGCGUCGCAACACUGCGAGGAGCCGGAAAGUACGCGACCCGCAUCAUUGACACGGCGAGUGAUGGUCUUUUCACCGCGUUGCUUUUUCAUCAUGACAAGGGAAGGCGCUUGGGUCUGGCCAUUGUGCAAUUCAGCCCGUCCAGCGCGACACACCUAGCUGGGGAUCCCGUAGACUACAGCGAUGACCUGGAUGCCCUUCUCACACCCCUGGUGCCGCGCGAAAAAAAGAGCGGCAAAACAACGGCGCAGCUGCAGAUCCGUUGUUCAAGCCUAAAACUGACGGCUUCAGGUCUGGUGGUGAGUCUGCUGGUCAUUACCCGGGCUGCGGAACUCUACCUGGCCAUUGGUUCCAUUGGGGCAAACAAAUGGAAGUGUUUUGCUUUGGAUGCUGCAUUUGGCACGUAUGCGGCGCUCUGUAUUCAAAGCGAUCGUGUCGUUUCCGUGCUGAGCUGUGCGGUGGGGCCUCCGGUCGACCACGCGAUUGCGACAAUAUCCCCAACCGUAGAGUUGGCGCUAUCAGUCUUUGAGGCGACACGUAUGGCCACCGACGAUAACGAAAAGAAGAGUUCCUUGCCCGCGCAGUCGAAAGGAGUUUACUGCUGCGUGAUGCUUCGUGAAGCCAUCUUUUCGCUGGAUGACGGCGACCCAACCAUUCGAGUCUGUUACCAGAGCCAGCUCUUCCACCUGCCCGAACGGGAGAGCGGUGUCUGCGCAGCACCCCUCUGCCGCAUUUACGCAGACACUGAGCAGCGGCGCUACGCCGUCGUUGUCUUGCUCACCUCGCAGAGUUACUUGGUGCACCUGCGGCGAUCCCCCUUCAAUAUGGAGCUGAUCACCGGGUGCACCAAAGUUGGGUUGCAGAGCCUCCCACAGAGCAUGGUGUGGCUAAGGCUACCGCACCCCUCGCGGCCAGAGGGCGGGUUGCACAUCGUUCUUGUACUUUCACAGGACUACCGUCUUUAUGCCGCAGAGGUGUUUGGAAGCGCCAUCGACGUGGUGGUGAAGAAGGGAAGCAACACGGUUCACUUUGCGCCUCCAGCAAAAAGUCGUUUUGGCAGCGACUACAUGGUGGAAAGUUCCACCGACUCCCCAUGCCUUGUGCGGGUUGGGGAGACUGAGCUUCUUUGUUCCAACGGACUUCUGGCCGUGGUGCUGCGGGUGACCGCACUUGCCAUUGAUGGGGAUAUGCCGCGUGAACUUCUCUUUCCCUUGACCAUAGACAAUGAAACUUCAGAGAGGCGGGUCACGACGCUCGUGAAAAGCCUGUCAUGCAUUGAGAAGAUGUCGAAUUUGGGCCGGUGCGAGUUUAUCCAGCUUGCGUUUCAGCAGGUUCUGCCGCUGCUCCGCUUUGCCGGAUCUUCUCAGCAUGAGGUGUUUCUGACCCAGCGGGUGUUUCAGGCGCUUUUGAGUGCUGCCGCCCCAAAGUCGGCGUCGGAUUGGAGGACAAUGUGGGGUAUAACUAUGCUGCUGCAGAGGAUCCUCUCUAGGCGGGAUUUGGACAACUCCGUCGUGUACACCGACAUUUUUUUUAUCCAGCUGGUGGCGGAUUACGUCCGUUGUUGCAACGGGACAGUGGAUGAACAAGAGCAGGCAAGUGAGUCCCUCUUAAGUGUAUUAUCGGAUGAAUUAAGAUGUGCAUGGAAGCGGUUUAUGCAGCAGCAGGAUGAGGAUGUCUCUUUUGUGCUCGAUAGUUUGGCAGAGCGUGUUUCUCUUGUUAUACUUGCGGAGGAAUGCGUGCGCCGCAUGGUGGUGGUCUCCACUUUGUCAAACGGAACGCAUGUGGUCUCUGUGGGGGACCGCGUGUCUCAUGUCAUCCACGCCAUCGCAACUGCCUUACUGGCUUCCUGCUUGGAGGUGCCGGUGUACGUCAACAAGGAUGCUGCGGGGCGAGUGGUCUGUCAAAUGCACCAAGUGGGAGAGACCUCGCUUUUUCUGCCGCCGUCUCCUUUUAAGAAUCGCACGGCGCUUGAAUACGCCCUUACACUCUCUACAGACCUUCUUUCGGUCACCUCCCCAGACACACACGCGGCUUUGUGUGCCAGGGCGCUUCUUUCCAUGCUUCUGGCGAGGCGAUAUCAUGUCGUCUCUGCCUUCCUUCAGAUUUUCACAGUCCCCUUGACGGAGUACUUGAUGCCGCUUGGGUCAAUUUGCGACAAUUCCCAGCUUCUCACGGAGUGCUCGGCGGCAACCUUUCUUACCGAGUCCGCACUCUUCAAGAAGCUUCUCUCCGAACCUGCACCGUCGGACGUUCUUUGCGUUCUCUCUUCUGGGUCCUUGCUUGACGACUACUUCAACACGGAACUUUGGCGUUGCGCAGGGAAUCUUCUCAGCAAUGAUACAAAGGCCUUCAUUGUUGCCGCUGUCAUUCACGCGAUGACGGACCGGCUGAUUGCCGCCCAAAACAACUACUCAACGAGUGUGACCAAGGCGCUUCUGAAGGAGGGGUUGGAGAAUCCGCUGCAGGAGGAGGCCUCGGUGAAAGCGUGCCGAAAGAGGCUGAGGAUCCUUCUGGAGCGACUUGAGCAUGUUUGGGCCAGUGUUGCUCCAUGGCUGCCGUACAAGGUGAAGGACAUCUCAAGUAGCGUGCUCACCACCAACGCCGCUGUGCAAGACGGGGAGCACGACGGAGAGACGAUCUGUUGUGGUUCAGUCGUCUCUCGCACGUGUGUUCUGUGCUUUCGCCUAUUGGCCCUAAUUGGGUAUUCGCAUCGCACAGAGGAGCAAAUCACGGAACUGACAAAACAAGCGGCGGGUGACACAUCGAUUCUCGUUCGCGUGGCACUUUUGCUGCUGCAGGCCAUUGAAAACUUGAAAGGGACUGCGCUGCCGGUUGAGUCUCUCCAAUGGCAGUGUGUGGACCUCGCGGCGACGGCAUUGCCGAUGUGCACCGGUACACCUGGCCUGGCUGGAUUCCUGCGAGAGAUGCUUAAACAGUCAGAGGCCUCCUUGACGGUCGUUACUUCACUUAAGCAGUACUACUACGCUGUCGUGGGCCGUCUCACGGAGGUGUCGCAGGGGGGCGACGACGGAACUGCAGGUGCCGCCUUCCACGAGCUGCAAGCGCAGAUGACGCUGCAGAAGAAGACCCCUCUCACGACCAACAAAGCCACCACGUACUUCCGUUGGUCCAAGUGUGGCGGUGCCGAUGUGCCUGAAUGGCCGAGCAACCACAACUUGCCCUCUCGCCGCUAUUUGAUCAACACCGAGUGGGUGGACAAGAUGUGGCCGAUUGAGUUUACGAUGCAUUCCCUUGAGGAAUGUCUUAGCCGUUCACAGGAACGUAUUUGCGACCGCAACGCCACAAUAGGUCCGGCUGAGGGAGAGCCCUCGCCGCAGUUCUCUUACUCACUGUUCCACCAACUCUGCAAGCUCUCUCCGCCGGUGCGCAAUCAUGCUUUGAUAGCCUCCACUGAAGCGGUAGCCGCAGGGGUGAGGAAGCGUGAGAGCAGCAGCCCUGUUCAAGGGAUUCGACGCACCGGGGACUACGUGGCCCCUUCCCGUGUUGCUGUAACUCCCGUGGAUGUCGCGGCGUCAGCGUUGCGUCGGAAGCUGUCACCCGAAUCCGAGCCACGGCCGGCGAACUCCCCUCAGCUGACAGGGGGUAAUGCUGCCUUGGCAACUGCUGCAUCGACUUCGUCUUCUCCGCCGGCACGAGCCGUGCAAUCGCCUUCACGAUUUUUGGCGAACGGUGGUGAUAUUGGCGUCGCUGCCGCCGCGGCUGCGGCGUUGUUUCCACCCGAAAGUGUUGCCUGGUGGGAGACGGACGGCGUGCUUGACGAGGCUGAGAGGCGGCAGCGCGUCAUUUGGGAGACGCUGCAGGACAUCAAGCUUGAGAUCACCACCACCGCCACGUCCUACACAACAGCAACAAGUGAGGGCGGGACAAGUACUCCUGGUGAGCGUGACCGAAACUUUUCUUCGCCGUGUUUCUCGCCUCGUCGCUGCAAAAAGCAUCAUGUGCAACACUACCGCUGCGCCAAACACCGAGCGCAUGGGACCCGCGUCAAUGAGAGGUACCGUUCGGGAGCAGAUUCGCGCCAUGGAGAUACGCGUGUCGGGAGGCAGUUACCAGAAGUAGUUUCGCUGGCUGCAGUCAAGGAGGGGGCGCCGCUGAAUGUGAAGCUUCUGCAAUUUCAGAAUGUGCUUCGACCACCAGAUCUGCCAUCUAACGUGGCCCCAGAGGCGAAGAUGCAACUUGUGCAGCCACGAGUUCCAGAAGGCACAAACGAGGUGGCACCGCCUCAGCUUCUCGUUCUAAGGGCACGACCACACAUGCCCCGCGUGAAGUUGUUCGUGUUGAGUGGAGCUGAAAGCAAAGACGUUGUGGUGGAAGGAAACAGUGCUAGUGUUAAGAGUGCUGCAACGGAUCUACCGUAUGGCUUUCUUGCAGGGUCAUCGUCGCCUCUGCAGGCGUUGGCGCCACCAAGCUUGCCACCAAGUUCUGUGUUUGUCAGCCCGUCGCCUUUGCUGACGCUCAAGGUGCCGGUAAGCGCAGAUGCAAUCCAGCGGGAACCGGCCCCCCAAGCCGUGGGGGCGCGCCGACUGCAGGAAGAGAACUGUCGAGUGGGAGGCACGGAGGAGUCGUUGGGCCCUGCCCCUGCUCCCACCACGAAUGUGCCGGGCACUCCUGUUCCAUCCACAGUGCAGCUGGGCGUCCCCACAAAUGCCACCGUCCCUGCAGUAACGUCGACUUCCCCUUGGACGCUGCCACCGUUUGCUUGUCGCGAGAGCGCCGGUGGAUUCGUGCCGAGUGGCGCUGUUGCGCCGGCUCCAACGAGUAGCGAGGAAGUGGAGGUGAGGGAGUCAGCAAAACCACCGGUGCCGUCGGCGCCGGCAGCAUUGCAGCCCGCCCUUGCAGCGGCCGAGGGGAAAACUCCUGCUGUGUCUGCGUUGAAGGAGCCGGUUCUGUCACCCUCAGAAACGGCCGCCUUUUACAAGUACGUGGACGAGCUGAAGGCGGCAGGCAGUGCUGCCGUCCCUGUGCCGCUCCCGCCCCAGUUUGUAAAGUCUUCGCCUGCGUCAACGCGGCCCGUCACGCCUACUGCAGUCGCCCCAGAAAUUCAUGAGCCGCAAAAACAACAGGAACGCGAUGUUAUUGGGGCUGUGAAGCAGCUACUCGCUAAGCACGAGGAGCAGCAGGCGAAGCAAUUCAAUGGUGUUAUUGAGGCGCUUCGAACAUCCACGCAGAGACCUCCUACGCCUGCGGUGUAUGCCCCGGCUACGGUGCAGCAGCCGCAAGGGUUAAGCGCAACGGAGCAGGCAGCGUUGGUGCGCCACACGAUUCAGCAAAAAGACAAGCUUUUGAUGAUGAACCAAGAUCUACUGGACCUUCAUGCGAGGGCUGAGCGUCUUACCGCAGCUCCAGUGAAGAGCGAGACCCCAUCAUUUGUUUCCCCACGCACUGUGGCAGGCUGUGAGACGCCGCGUCAGAUAACACAGCCAACGAUCCCUCUGGCUGUUCCUGUGCAGUUGGCCACUACGACCCCUGCAAUAAAAAGUGAAGUUGCAACCAUGUCUUCCGGCGUGCAAGUUGGUGCAAGCGGGAAAAGGAUGGAAGACGCAGGCACUAUGGCGGCAACCCCAGUCACGCCCGCAGCCACAGCAGCAACAGCAACAGCAACAACAACAACAAUGCCACCUGCGCUUCAGGCGCUGGAUGGUAACCGCGGCGAAAUGACGAACAGCGCUCCGGACCCUCCUUCUGCUAUGAGCAUCAACCGUAGUUUGUCAAGUCUUUACCAAAUAAACGCAGAGCUGUUACGCGUUAAUACCACAGCUGGUGACAUGGAACGAGCCAUUCAGGAGUCAAGAGCCAUGUUGAAAAAGCACGCUUCACUGGGUACAGCAUACUCGUCUGCUGUUGAAGGGUCUUUAAUGAUGGAUGCCAUGCGCCGGCGAACCGCUUCUCUUGAGCAGCAGCUUACAGUGCUGAACUCCACUGCGGCAAAGCCCCCAUGUUCGGCCAGCCAAGGCAGGGAAGGGACAGAACGGUGGCACGCCCCCUCCGAGGUGGAGGGAAUCCCUGGCAAAGAUGUGUUCAUUUCCACCACCGUGAAGGGUGACAUCUCCAGGCAGGGCAACGGGGGGGCGGCACGGGAGACCUCGCCGCCUCGUCAGUUUGCCUUCACAAGUGAGAAGGUUGAGGCUGAUUUCGAUGAUUUUUCGGGUUUCACCCCGCCGGUGCCUCCUCCCGUUACAAAAGAACAAGCUGCCGGGCAUGUGUUUCAGUCCCACACGGAGGAGGCUCUUCGGAAAAAUUCGCUUCCGGUUAGCGCCAGUACCACGGAGACGCCAAGGGAGGCGUCGCACGCACUGACUUUUCACUCACGCGCGGCGGAGGCUGACCCAGUUGGCCGUGAUCUAUCACCGUCAGGGGGCAGGCGGGGCAAUUCGCUGCAGCGCCGCACGGGUGCCUCGCCCUCGAGGCCGGUGAUGGACUUAGCCCAGAUCUAUACGGCGGCUGAUUCCUCCUUCAGGCAGCUGGCGGCGAGGAGAAGCGUGACCCCUGCCAGGACUCGGGCGAGGGCCACUUCGCCACCCCAGCGCGUACCGGGUCGAUUUUCCAUGUAUGUGCCAACUGCCGCCGCAAGGAAGGCGCGGCGCGCGAACAGCAGCUGCAAGAAUACUUCGCCGUCUCCCGACCCACACUCCUGCUCAGCGUCACCCGAGGCGGACGCGGCGACAACGACAAUGGCAAUAAAGGCUGUCAAUGCCGCAAAGAGGGUGACGAGAAAAGCCCCCUCAUCUAGCAGAGACAGCAAGCGACGGGAAACACUCGCGCUGCACACAUCUAAGCGUCUUGCAGAGCUUAAAAGGGCCUUUUUAUAG